AUGACGGAUGAUGACGUACCAAAUGGAUUGAACUGGGACAAAAUCCACGACAUGGUUGUCGAGAAGGGCAACAGCUGUGUCAACGGUAUUAAAAUGAAAGAUAUCGAUUGGUUCUUACGAGAUUCUAACGUGUCAGCAACUGUCGGGAGGCGAGACCUGGAAACUAGCCUACCUCCGCAAUCAACUGAUGAAAAGACACUCACAACACCAGCCUCUCCUCAGAUGGCAACCACGGUUUCUAACACUAACGAGAACAUCUCCGGUAAACUGAAACCUACUAUAUCCCCCAUUUCAGAAGAGCCCAUCAUAUCAUCCUCUAAUGGUGAUGCAUGGCAUUCUCAGAGGCUGCCAUUGCCCCUCCACCCGAGGAGACGAUCCAGUGCUGCUAGCUUAGCUAGUGCUGGUAGUAAUGGAAGUACCAGCAGUGGAGGCGGGUUCUUCUCGAAGUUGAAGAACAAAUUUCAUAAAUCUGAUAUUCCGGGAAGCAAUGGAUCUCCUUCACUACCGCCCCAAUCGGUAGCUGCUGACAACACCAACUUGUUCAAAAAAGAUUACCAGAUGCGUCUAUCGCGACAACAAUCUCCUCCCAAGAGGUCAGGUUCUCCCGCCCAGUUAGGAAUCGAAUCAAAAACAGCAUUGAAGGAAGCCAAUGAUCCAAGGCUCGAUGAAUUCGUUCGCUUUUAUAAGCAGCCGGACCUGAGAAGAAGCUCAACCAGCCGACGCAAUUCUAGCAGAUCACAAAACGGUAUUGAAGGGUGUCUUUUGAAUCCUCUACCAGUAAAGAAACAUUCGUCUACUCUGGAGCUCCCCAAAGAGACAACCGCUUCUAAAUUCACUUCCCUUUUACGCAGAAGAAGUGUCACGUCCACUCCAGGCAGUACAAGAGAAGAGCUGGAACGCGAUUCUCAGUCGCUUGAUUCACAUGAUUCGGCUACAAGCCUGCUGUAUGCGAAUACAGAGGCUCUACCUCAGUUUCAUGGGUUGAAGCCAUUGAAGCGAGUAGCGUUUCAUUCGCUGACCUUUCUCAUUGAUCCCCCGCAACAAAUACCUUCCAGGACCCCACGACAAGGUAAUGUAGAGAUUCUACCAGGCAAUGUUGUGAGGGUCAAUCCACUCACAGAGGCUGAUAAGGAAGCAAUUGAUCGCUCACAGAGAGGUCUAGGAGGCGGGUUGGUGGUUGGCGGAACUGGCGCACUUGGACUCCUAAAGAAAGAUAAGGAUGACCAAACCGAGCCAAUUCGAGAAGACGACGAUGAUGACUCACAGGACUCGAAUGACUCGAAGGAAAGUUCCGAGCAGGACAUUGAGGAGACAGAACAAGAUUCUGCUAUCAGUCAGCACGCGAGGCUGAUCGCAAUUGAUAAACCAAUGUUGCAUCACACUGCCCGACAAGGCUACACUGUUCCAAUCAAGAAAAUGGCACUCGAUCUAAUGUACACUAGAUGCUGCCAUCUACGUGAAAUAUUACCCAUUCCGGCUAUUGCUAAGCAAAUUCCUAAAGGCUCCAUGACCCCAUUGCCCAUUCUUCAACUCCGGAACCCUGCACCUUCAAUGAUUGAGAUACAAACCUUUGCGGAUUUCAUAAGAAUCGCUCCGAUUUUCUGCAUUUCUCUUGAUGGGGUAAGUUUGUCUUUGGAACAGUUUAAAAUAUUGCUAAGUGCGAUGGCAUCAAAGACUCAACUUGAGAAAUUAAGUUUGAGAAAUACUCCCAUUAACUCCGAUGGAUGGUCAUUGUUAUGUUGGUUUCUCUCGAGGAACAAGGUUUUAAGCAAGCUUGAUAUAACACAGUGUCCUCCACUUUCAGUGAACGUUCUUAAGAAGAAAAAGAAAAAGAAUACAAAGGCUACCGAUGAUGAUGAAAUGGUUCGCAUGACUUGCAAUAAGGAAAAUCGUUCAGACAUGGAUUGGUCACUAUUCACGGCAACUAUUAUUGCAAGAGGAGGAAUUGAUGAACUCAUCCUCACUGGAUGUUGCAUCAACGAUAUUGAAGUAUUCGAUAAGCUCAUCUCCCAGGCGAUUUCGCUUAAGACAUACCGGCUUGGAAUGGCCUAUAAUCAAAUAAGACCACAGCAACUACGAAUUCUCACCGAGAAAUGGGUUCUCACAGGCAAGAGUCGCGGGCUUGAUUUAGGGUAUAAUGAUCUUCUGUCACCAGCUUAUUUGAGUAUUUUGAUUGAGAUAGCAAAGAACCCGAGGCUUUCAGCCCUUAUUCCCAAAAGCAAUGUGGCCUUCAUUAGUUUAAAUGCUACUAAUCUCAGAUUCAGCGAGCUUUUUAAAGAAACUUUCGAAAAGUUUGUUCUUGAACUCCCCGGAAUAAAAUACUUGGACUUAUCAAACAAUCCAAAGUUGUUUGGUAGUGUGGCUCAUAAUGACCUUGAUAUAGAGGAAGGCUCGGGAGAUAAUACGCUGUCUGUCGAAACUACGCACACAGACUUCAGCCUACCUUCCAAGCACCAGGAGUCGAUCUUCAGCUACUUUACUUCGAAAAUACCACUUUUCAAGAACUUGGCACGGCUUCACUUGGAGAAUAAUGGCCUUUCUUCACAAUGCCUAGUAACCCUUUCACAAACGAUUCCGUUCUGUAAACGACUCGGUUACCUAUCCGUCCUCGGUAAUGAACUUGAUGUUGUGGCCGGCACUGCUUUAGUGGAAGGAAUAAAGAAUUCUAAAACCUUGAUCACACUUGAAUGCGAUUACCAUCUUCUCCCGGACUUGUUCAAAGAACCGUGCCUUGGAAUACCUGAAAACAUUGCUGAUAAACUGGUUGUGGAGCCUGCGGAGAUGUCGUUAACAGAGCAGCUCUCUCAGAUCUUGUCAAAGAAGGCGCAAGGGAAGCUUGAUGUCAAUUCAGCCGAAGUAAUUGCUUUCCUGGAAAGAGCUCAGGCAGAUAGAAGAAACUUGCAAGCUACCAUUCGAGAGUUGCUUCAAAUGCAGUGGCGCAAUGAACUUAACUUAGAUGGGAAAGAGACGUUAAUCAGACUUUUGUUCAUUGACUCUUCCUUGGUUCGUGGACUCAAGCUAAUUGACGAAUCUUUAGUACCCGAUGAACAUUUCAAUUCAACCAAUAUGAUGGGAUUCCAGCUCGUUGAGGACGAGAAAAAAGCCCGCAAAGCCCACAACGUCACUAGCAUUCAAGAUAACGGUAACGAAGAUCCGGAGACAAGGGAUUUGAUGGAUUCAACUACACCGUUGCCUUAUUCGCGCUCUCAUUCCUUAACAAGUUUAAACACGUUGAACAAGGAAGAGGGCUCUAUUUUGAAAUUACUGAAGAUUAAUGACGAUACACACCUAUUGGAUGAUCUUGAUUGUCUUUCUGGCGAGGAACUUCGUGAAAAAAUCCUCAACGUGGAUCUUUCAGAACUUGAUCAAGUAAUCAAAUUUCUCCAUAAAAUGAAGACGAGGGGGGUAAGCUUAAGAAGCGUCUUCAACCAGGCGCCAGGAUAUGAUACAAAAAAUCUUCUUGCUGAGUUUCACAGGCGGUUGGAGACUUUGAAGAGAGACAACGGACUCGGUGAUGACUGGAAGUAUCUGAAGAAAUACGUGGAACCGACCGAUGACGAAAUAGAAGUGAGGGCGAAAGAAGACGGCAAUACGAUACGCGAAGCAUUUGACAGUAUUUUGAGUAAGUUUCGGCCUUCGCAAAAUUGA